UCAUACCUGCCUCGACACCGCACAAACCCGCACAGUCGGAGCCUCCUCUCGCCUCUUCCCCAAAUGGCUACUUACAAGGUCCAAGUGGCCACCGGAGACAUCCUGCUGGCAGGAACCUACAGCAGCAUCUCCAUCACCCUGGUGGGGGCUCGCGGGGAGAGCCCCAAGCAUCGACUGGACCAUCUGGGCAGAGAUUUUGUCCGCGGGGCUGUGGACGACUACGAGGUGCCGAUCGAACAGGACCUGGGCCCCAUCCAUCUGAUCCGCCUGCACAAGGAGCCAUACUUAUUCUUCCCCACGGACAACUGGUUCUGCAAUUUCGUCAGGGUGACGACCCCGCAGGGGGAGACGUACAACUUCCCUUCCUACCAGUGGGUGGAGGGCUACUCCACCUUGACCCUGAGGGAGGGAGCAGCCAAGACGGUUUGCGAUGACAAAGGAAACCCCCAACUCAUUGAGCAUCGCAAGGAAGAGCUGAAGAAACGGCAGGAAUCCUAUGGCUGGAAGGAGUACGCCCCAGGCUGGCCGAGGUGCGUCGACGCGAAAAGCACCGAUGAUCUGGAUUCCAAUUCGAAGUACUUGUUCACCAAGUCCUCCGUCUUUGCCCUGCGCACCGUCAAAUCGGAACUCGAGAUGCGGCUCAAAGGCUUCUCCAACCUGGCGGAGUCGUGGAAGAACCUGGACGACAUUCGCAGAGUCUUCUGGUUCAUGAAAACACCUGUCACAGAGUACGUCACGGAGCACUGGAUGGACGACGAUUUCUUUGGCUACCAGUAUCUGAACGGUGUGAAUCCGGUGGUGAUCAAGAAAUGCCCAGUGAUCCCUGAUAACUUCCCAGUGACCCCGGAGAUGGUGGCUGGGUGCCUGGGGAAAUCGACCAGCCUCCAGGAGGAGCUGAAGAAAGGAAACAUCUUCAUCACCGACUACAAGAUCCUCGAGGGCAUCCCUACCUGCAGACUGAAUGGGCAGCGCCAGUAUCUGGCAGCCCCCCUCUGCCUGCUGCACCUCAAUCCCAAAGGGCAGAUGAUGCCGUUAGCCAUUCAGCUUAAACAGACCCCAGGCCCGGAGAACCCCAUUUUCUUGCCCACUGACUCCAAGUGGGACUGGACCCUUGCCAAGAUCUGGGUGAGGAUGUCCAACUUCCACGUCCACGAGGUCAACACCCACCUCCUCGAAGCGCACUUCCAUUGUGAGGUCUACACUAUGGCCACCCUUCGCCAGCUGCCGAUGUGCCACCCUGUGUACAAGCUCCUGAUACCCCACACCCGUUAUACUCUGCACAUCAACACCCUUGCCCGCACCAGCCUUAUCCAACCAGGAGGGGUAUUUGAUAAGGCAACAGCGACGGGCCGGGCCGGCAUGAUAAAACUGCUAGCGAAAGGCGUGGAGGCCUCUACCUACAGCGCCCUCUGCCUCCCGGAUGACCUUCAAGAAAGAGGAGUCGCCUCCUUGCCCAAUUACUACUAUAGGGAUGAUGGGAUGAAGAUUUGGAAGGCCAUAGAGACUUUCGUCUCCGGAAUCGUCGGUCUCUACUACAAAUCUGACGCAGCUGUGAAGGACGACCCCGAACUGCAAGCCUGGGUUCACGAGAUCUUUGCUGAAGCUUUCCUGGGCAGGAAGGAAUCAGGUGUUCCUUCCGCCUUGGAAACCAGAGCUGAGCUCAUCAAGUUCCUCACCAUGAUUAUCUUCUGUUCCUCUGCAAGGCAUGCGGCUGUCAAUAGCGGACAGUUUGAUUUCGCCGCCUGGAUGCCCAACACGCCGGCCACCUUGCGCCAGCCCCCGCCCAAGGUGAAGGGCUCCGCGACUUUGGAGAGCAUCUUGGCCACGCUUCCCGAAGUCAACGCCUCCUGCGCUCUGCUGACGCUGCUCUCCAUCGUGAGCUACGAGCCGGGCGACCUGAGACCCCUGGGCUACUACCCUGAGGAACAUUUCACGGAGGAAGCACCGAGGAAGCUUAUCGCUGCCUUCCAGGGACGCCUGGCCGAGAUCUCGAAGGAAAUCGAGGCCAGGAACAAGACACUGCCCAUCGGGUACUUCUACAUGAAUCCUGCCGAAGCCCAGAACAGCGUCUCGAUAUAACCUCCAUCUUUCACGCAUCUCCAUCUUUCACAAGCCGGAAAAGGGCUUCCCUCAUGACUGCUGACUUGGGAGGCUGGAACAGGAAGCCAAAUAUCUGCAGUCUGAAUCACAGCUGUCAACUUUCUCCUUUUUUGCAGGAAAUUCCCUUAUUCCAG